AUGGGUGACCCAGCCCGGGCCCGCGCCUGGCUGGCGGACAUAUGGAGCCCCGCGGUCAUGGUGGUGGCCAGCCCCGAGACGGAUGCGGCAUGCCUGGCGAGCACGGGCCUCACGGUGGUGGAGCUGCUCCGUCCCUUUGGCGUGAUACCCCACCUGAACGGCACUGUCGGGGUCCCCAUCCGGACUGCGGCGGAGCACCCCGUCAGACUCCACUCCUGGCGCCUGCGCUUCUACGCCCCCCAGCACAUGUUCCAGCCCAGCCCGGCGGCAGCAGACGCGCACCUGCGCGGUGUGCUCAGCGCUGCCGCCGCAGCGGGAGUGAUGAGCCCGGUCCCCGACCUGGACACUCUGAUCCAUGCAGGGAGUGUGAGCGAGGCGGCGCCCUGGUUUGAGGUCUACCGCACCGAGUUCUUCCGCAUGAUGGCCUUUGGCGAGCACGAGACGAUGGACCACCCCGUGGCCUGCUUGCUGGUCGUGCCUUCUACACACAGGGGCGGCAUGGGGGCUGCCUUCGAGGAGCUGUACGCCCGCGCGCCCCUGCCCCCCCUCAUGCGCUCCGGCGCCAUGGAAUCCUCCCUCCUGCGCCUCCACCUCGUCCUGCAUGACGCCCGCGCCAGCAGCGCAGAGGACCUGGAGAGGGCUGAGAUGGAGCUGAGGGGCGUGAGUUCCCAGCUGGGCAGCGCAUGCCAAAUCCUGACGAUCAACCACGGGUCCGAGGAGACCCCCGUCAUGGACCCGCGCUUCUGGAUCUCCUCCAUGGAAGGUGCGCUGGGCGACUACGUGCGCGAGGCGGCGGUGCGGGUGCUCAUCCCGCACCUGGAGGCGCGCAUCCGCGGCCUGAACGCGCACGUGUCGGACGCGCGGCGCGGCCUGCGGAACCAGCUCAACCUGGCGGACCUGGCGCUGAUGCUGGGGGACGUGGACGGCGCGGCCUCCACGCUGCGCCUGCUGGCCGCCGACCUGAAGGCGGACCGCGCCUUCCGCCACUACGCGGGCGCGCAGGAGGCGCUGGGCGUCUGCGCCGCGCUCUCCGGCGCGCCCUCCGCCGAGGAAGACAACACCGGGGCGGGGCUGCUGCUGGAGCAGGCUGCGCACUCCCUGCUGCGCCUGCAGCCGCCGCGAGCGCGCAAGUUCGCCUUCCACCUGGUGCUGGCGGGGCUGCGGUACGGCGCCUGCGACCAGGAUGGCCUGGCCCAGCGAUGCUACAGACAAGUGCUGGAGGUGUACCGAGGCAAGGGCUGGGGCCUGGUGGAGGAGCACCUGCACGAUGUGCUGGGCCGGUACGCCAGGGAGCUGGGCGACCUGGCCUCCGCGGCGCGCUGCCACGCCGCCUUGCUCGGCGCGCAGCGCAGCGGGCCCGGCACGCAGCGCUCCCACCUCGACCAGCUGUACGACACCGUCAGGCUGGCUGCCGCCAAGGAGGUGGCGCUGCCCCCGCUGGAGCUGCCGCUGCCUGAGAUGGACCUGGAGCGCCCCGGCCUCGUUUUCCAGGGUCAAACCUGGUACGGCAACGCCGCUGCGCGGCAGGCCCCCGCCGAGCUGUGGAGGCCACUUGAGCGCGCUGUCGUCGGGGACGUGCGGGAGGCGGGGCCCUCUUGGCUGGACGGGGCGGCGCCGCAGCGCGCGCAGCGCCGCGUGCCUGUCUGCUGCGUGGGCGAGCCGGUGAGCAUCGACCUGAGGAUCAGCAACCCGCUGUCCGUCGACCUGGAGGUCAGCCGCCUGCGGCUGGUGUGCCGGCUGGAGGCCGGGGCGGGUGCCGCGUCAUCGGCCCCCGGCGCCACGUCAGGCUCGCGCCCAACCGACGUCGCCGAUGGGGUCGAGGUGUGGGAGGAGCGUCUGCGCCUCCGCGCCGGCGAGGCCACCGUGGUCUGCCUGCGCGCGGCGCCGCGGCGCCGCGGCACGUUGCACCUGGACGCCGUGGCCUGGACGCUGGACGGCGCGGCGGACGGGCUGCGCCCGCUGGCGGUGCGCCAGCCCCUGCCGCUCAAGCCCGGGACGGGCGCGGUGUGCAUUGACGCGGCGCGGCCCCCGGCCGCCGGCUUCCGGCUCGAGGUCGGGCCGGCGCUGCCCUGCCUGGAGCUGGCGCUGGAGGGCCUGUCGCCCACCUGCCUGGCCGGCCAGGUGGCGCUCGCCACGCUGCGCCUGCGCAACGCCGGCGGCGUCCCCCUGGCCGGCCUCAGGCUGGCGGGCGGGGCAGGGUGGCACCUCGCCGGCGCCGUGCCCGCGCCGGGAAUCGACGGCCGCGCCCUGAGCCUGGGCCAGCGACUGCUGGUGUCGUCCGAGGCGGGCGACUGGGCCGCGGGCGGUGUGACGGAGGGUGCAGAGCCCGUGCAGGCGCCGGGGCCGCCGGCACUGAGGGGCCAGUCCGCACUCAAAAACCUGGCCUGGACGCUGGUCCCCGGGACCCCCGCCCGGCUCUACUCCGCGCCCGAGGUCCAGCUGGCGCCGGGGGAGGAGCUGAGCCUGCCCUGCGUCAUCAGGCUGACGCGGCCCGGCCCGCGCUUGCUGUGCAUCGCGGCGUCGUACCGUGUGGCCGGCGGCGCCGUGCAGGGCGCGGCGCAGCGCUCGACGCGCUGCGCCUUUGAGACGGUGGUCCAGCCGUCGCUGCAGCUGUCGGCCGCCGUCGCGGCGGGGACCUGCGAGCCGGGGGCCGCGCUGCUGCAGCUGGGGGUAGUCAACCUGCAGGGCCUGGAGGCCUUCGAGCUGCACCGGCCGCGCUGCCCCGGCUGGACCUCCAGCGACAGGGGCGGGGGGUUGGAGGGCGGGGCGCACGGCGACGCCGGGGAUAGCCCCGCCGCCCCGCCGCCACGAGUGGACGAGCUUGCGGCGGGGGGCGCCGUCACGCGGCACGCCUGGCUGCGCCGGCGGGAUCCGGCGCGGCCGCUGCCGGCCGACUGCGACGUGGUGCUGCCCUGGUUGGCCGCGAAGCGGGCGGGGGCGGGCGCGAGACGCGGGCUCUCCGCCGUGCCGCGCCAGUUGUGA